AUGGCGUCGAGUAGACCGAGCAUACAAGAAAGCAGUGCUGAACGCCAAGAGGGCCCUCCUCAGGGCGGGCCACCAUCAACGUCAGGAACUGGGUUGUUAAACCAGAGAGACGUGGAUGCGCUUCCACUAGCGGGAACGACCGGUGCGGAUGCUGGAACGUCGUCGGGGACAAUUAAAGUCGCGAGCCAGGAUCAUCAGGGUCGUUGCGACGGCCCGCCCUGGUCUACCUGGUGGCCCGGCUGCGUGAGGCGACCGACGACAACCGGCAGAGCCAUCACAACUCACUCUCAAUCAAGGACCGACGGAGCCGCGCACGGCCAUUGCCCGUGUGUCCGUGUGCGAAUCCCACGUUGCGCGGCCCGCACCCGUUCGCUCCCGCCGAGCCUCGCCCCCUCCUUCUCAACUUGCUUGAGAGAAACAAGACGAGCUGCCUCUUGGCAACCUAGUGCUGCGACAGCCGAGUCUAUGCAUGUUGUCUCCGGGGCGGGGGCAAGGAGGCUGUUUGUAAAUACUGUUUGUAAAUACCUGGCAGUCAACCACGGCGUCAUCGUUCCUAUACGGGUAACCUCUCCGACGUUGAACUGCCAAUGGCGGCCAGCGACACACUUCAGCGUGGGCCGGGAGGCACUGGUAGUUGGUUCGGUAUCACCAUGCUGCUCCGUUAUACCCUGUCCGGCAGUUGGUAGUUCAGCUGCGUCGAGGCGCCUCGACCCAAACCCGACAGAACCCUGGCAUGGGCAAAGCAGUUUCCACUCGCCAACUGACAUGGCCACCGUCACCCAUGUGGGACAUGAGGGUUCCAACCUUCCUGGUGAGGCUGGUUACCUUGGCAAACGAUGA